AUGUCUCCCCCUCAUCCACCACCACCUCCAGCGCACGGCUCGGCCUUCGAGUCCGCCAUCAAAGUGACCCCCCUCAGCUCGCACCGCUACUCUGCCCAUCUCCGCGACGAAUGGUGCAUCGGAGCAGUCCCCCAUGGUGGCUACACCACCUCCAUCCUCUACCGUCUCGCCCUCGUGCACUUCGCGCACACCCACCCAGCUCUCUACAAGAACAGCCCCGCGACCCCGAUCGCCAUGCAACUGUCCUUCCUCCGCCGCACAGCGACAGGUCCCGCCGUGCUGAAAGUCCAGGAUACGAAGCUGGGACGGCGGACGAGUACGCUGCAUGUUAUGUUGUUACAGAAGCCGGAUAGCGGCAAAAGGAAGCAAUCACAGUCGUCUACUACUACUACGACUACCGGCACCGAAGCAGAAGAUGAGGACUUGGAAGUCAAAGUAGCAGGAUACAUUACCGUCAGUCCUGCGGACGCCGAAGAGGGACUGAGUGCUACGACAGGGUGGAAGAUCAGCAGUCCUGCGCCGGCGGCCGGGUCGAAUGGAGAUGGAUCGGUGAACUUGGGGGCGUUAGGGAGGACAGGGCGUGAUGGGACGUGGGGGAAAUUCGAACCGGAGCAUUCGAAGUUCCGAAAGGCGACGGGGCAGACAGAAUUCUAUGUACCUGUUGAGCUUAGUGAGAAGGAGAGGAAGGAGAGGAAGAUGAAUGCGGAGCAAUGGGCGAGGUUCCGUCCUGGAGGGGAUGUGAAUGCCCGGUGGACCAACGAGGCGCUGGUGUAUUUGACGGAUAUGUUUCCUACGGCGUUGGCUGGGUUUGAUAAUGCGGCGGAGGAGGCGGCGGUGGGGGGUGGCAAGGGGUUGUUUUGGUUUCCCACGGUCACGUUGAAUAUUGAUCUGAAGACGAGGUUGCCGGAGGAAGGGGUGGAGUGGUUGUAUAGUCGGGUGUAUACGAAGAAGGUGCGGGAUGGACGGACGGAUUUGGAUGUGACGGUUGUGGAUGAUAAGGGGGACGUGGUGGCGCUGAGUACGCAGAAUCUAGAUCUAUAG